AUGAGAAGCGAGAAGAAGAAGAAGAAGAAGAAGAAGAAAAGCCCGUCGUCGCGCCUUGACUCUCUUGCUUGUCCUUCGUCUUGCUCUUUUUCCCCCACGAAGAGAAGAGAAGAGAAGAAGGACUUCUAA